AUGGAUGAGAAAGGUCGUAAGACUCUAACAGGUCAGGUGUUGGCGCCUAACGAGCUAACUUGGUACUUUAGCACAGCACAUCCUCUAAUUUUCGAUGUUUACGACGAACAAAACAACAAGCACGAGUACCAAGACAAAUACUACAACCCAUAUAUGAACAACAACUCUCACGAUGACUUUCUCAAUAGUAUUACCUCUUCCAUCAAUAACCUCAAUGGUGACAUAAACAAGCUGAACAACUACAAUAAUAAUAAUAAUAAUAGAAAUUUAAAUAAUCAUAAUAACAAUAACAUUUAUAAUUCCAACAUCAAUAACUAUUAUAAUUAUAAUACCAAUACAAACACAAAGAUGAAUACAUCUUUACCACCCCAUAUUGAAUUUCCUACGAAAACAGAGCUUCCCGCAUUUAAUUACAAUACAACAAAGCCUAGUGCAAAAUGUCCUCAUCCAUAUGUAGAGUGGAUUACAGGUGGAUUUAUUUGCAAGAAAUGUAAUGAAGUUGUUAGAACCAGUUCAUGA